GUGCAUGCAGCUGUACAUGGACCGCAACGAAACAGCCCGUGCCGUGGAAAGCCAUACUGGGAUCGACCGCCAGAUGACGCAGAUGGUUUGGGACAGACUGGAAGAGCAGAAUCCGGUGUUUUUCCAACAGUACUACAUAAGGGUAGUAUUGAAACAACAGAUCCUCAGGUUCAAUCAAUUGCUCGAACAACAGCAUCGCGCCAUGAACUUUCCUCCGGUGCCUGCAAAGCAACAAAUGUCAAUGGAACUCGCAGCAGAGACAGCUCCACAUAAUGGUGAUUCUCCAUUGAGCGUGAUGAACUUUGAGAAUGAGGCUGACUCUGACAAGCUACCUGCCAUUCCUGCUGGCUCUGUCGGAUUAGGAGAGGUGGCAGGGUCCGCUCCACAUCUCGUACCUGGCGGCAGUCUUCCUCGUUCUUCACUGGAAGCACAAGGAAUGAGAAUAAAUGCUGCAUUAGACUCUGCACAAAGGCCGAUUUCACAAGUUCCAAACCUUACCGCAGGUGGCCACCAUGCUGGAAACAUCAGGGGGCCUUUUCAACCAUCCACUUCAAUGGCUCAAAGCUUGAGCUGCUUUGAUAUAAAUCUUGAAGCUUCCGUUCAGGAGGCCCUCGCUAAUUUGGCAUUAGAUCAGGGCCCUCCAUCUGUGGAUCUCUAAGUGAAGUGGAUAUCGCAGGUGCCUUUAUCAAUAUCAGCUAAAGAAGUUCGGUGGGGACAAUAUUGACGACCGCGGUGCUUCAGACACCAUCUCAUGUCUCUCUUCAUUGAGUGAACACACAAAUUCUCAUUACAUUUAGGGAUUGAGCCUUGAUAAUUGUACAUCAUAUUUCAUGCUCUAAUGCGAUGUGCAAAUUUGGGACGUAUUAAGUAGAAAGGGUUAUUGAAUUACUUGAAAUGAUCAUCUUCUAUCCUAUCCUUGAUAUCAAAGUGAAAGACGUGCAAAUUUCAGUU